AUGUCCUUCGAAAGAGAGCGCUUCACCACCCAGGCGCGAAGUGACCUCCAAGGUGUCCGAGGAGUUCGCCUCGCUGUGCUGACCUCGGCUGGACUUUGCCAAUUAGCAAAGGGUGAUCCGAAGAGGGGUGAGAGGCAGAGAGGGCGUCCAGUUUUUUAUCCGGAGACGUGUGCGGAACUGCGGCUGCACCGUGAGCAUGCCGAUCCCCCUGCGGAAAGCCCUGGCAUGGUCUCCAAACAGGCCAAGCCGGAAGAUGCGCCCAGCUUGGAAGAGAUCCCUGCAUUUAGCACCCAGCAGCCAGGACCGGCUGCUCUCCCAGAGACGAGGCCCGAGCCGCGAGAGACCCCGGAGCCUCGCGAGGUGGUGGAGACGAGGUCGAAGCGCCGAGGCCCGAAGGCGGCGGCAGAGGCCGAGGCCGCUGAGUCCGAGAAGCCGCCGGACUCGGAGGAGAAGGUACAAGUGAUGGACCUCGAGGAGGAUUCCGAGAGGAGUCGGGGGAAGUGGAACCGGGCAGUCAGUGUCCACCACAUUGACACCACACUCCAGGAGGAGAUGUUCGUAGCCGGCCUCUCGCGUGAUGCGAAAGUGUACGAGAUAGAACCCGACGUGAUCCGGAAGAAGGGCACAGACGUGGUCUGCCCCCGCGAUGGCAGGCUGUCGGGCACGGAGAGGGGUUGUGGCUUCUUAGCGGGCGGUGAUCUGUUGGAUUGGACCGGCUUGUGGACGGUGCUGGUGACUCUGACAUGGCAGCGGCCGCUGGAAUCGACCUGGUGGUGUCGUCGCAGCCCUCAGAGAUGCUUGGGCCACAACGUUCGCCUAGUUCAAGGUGGGAGCUUCCGCUUCGCAAAGCGGCUAGCAGCACCGUUCGUGGUGGACUGGAACGGCGACGGUUACCAGGACCUCCUCGUGGGCGAGCAUGACGGGAGUGUGAGGUACUUCAAGGGCGGCCGUGCCGGGAAGUUCCACUUUCAACGGGGAGCCCUCAGCCCCUUCCACGUUCUCCACCCUCCUCCGCCUCGCAACGGCACCUUCUCUGCGGCCACGGUGGCGGCCGUGGAUUUCGACGGCGACACGAAGCUGGAAUUGCUUUGGUCCGUGGGUGGACGCAUCCGGUACUUCCUUCAAAGGGGCAAAGGCCGCUUGGUGGAGCAGCGUGGAGUCCACAACCCGUUCCGACGAAUCAGGUGCCAGUGGCUGGCCUGUCGCUUUCAUGCUGCCGACUGGGAUGCGGAUGGAGACAUUGACCUGGCUGUGCCCAUUGGCCGAGGCGUCGCCUACUUCGAGAAUCGCGAUGGCAUCCUGAAAAGCAGGCUCGGCACUGAGAACCCGUUCAACGUCGUCCUCACCAAGUUCACGGGCAACCACAGGGGCUGGUCAGGCUACUAUGCCUCGGUCUGCAUGGCCGACUGGGAGCUGGAUGGAGAUAUGGACUUCCUGGUCGGUCAGACCGAUGGCAGCGUGCUGUUCUUUGAGCGACUGCAGAGCGGAAUGCUGGAGCGCCGGUUCGGUGCGCAGAAUCCGUUCCAUCACGUGGAAGGAGAUGGGCAUUACUACCCGGCGGUGCAUGCAGGACGGCUCACGAAGCACGGUGAUCUCAGGUUCCUGGUCGGCGAUCUGUCCGGCAAGGUCGCUGUCUACCAUUUCGAGCGGGAUCGAAAAGUGCGCUUUCGGGAGUUCAAUGCCAACCCCUUUUCCGACCUGGGCAACUUCUUUUCCGCCGUGCCCUCCACGCCGCUGACCGCCGCAAAUGGGGACACCUUCUUGAUGUUCCAGGAGGCCAAUGUUGGUCGCGUGUCGCUCUUCAAGAAGACCCCGAGAGGGCGACUGGUUAACAUCACGCCCUUGGACGGCAAGGUGCCGCAGGUAGCCUUUUCUGCCAAGUGGCUCGAAGCAGGCAAGCCGCAAGAAGUGGAUUUCAACGGCGAUGGCGAAGUGGACAGGCCGGCUGUACCCAAUGCUUCGGAAAGCGGGCAAAAAGUCGAAGACUUGGUGCAGGAGGUAAAGGAGAGCAGUCCGGAGGGCAAGAGCGAUGUGUCGACCUACGCCAUAAGCGCUGACUUCUCCCCUGCCUCGGGGAAGCACUCUGGUGUCCGAAGCUUCUCCAUGUUUAGCCAUGGAGCAGUCCUGCCCACAGCCGUUUGCCUUAGCAAGGCUGCCAUCGGCGCAGGAGUUUUGACCAUGGCCGGGCACGCGGCGGAGGUGGGCCUCGUGUUCCAAACCUCCGCGCUGAUCGGAGGAGCCGUUCUGACACUUGCGAGCAUUCGCUUCAUCGCCACGGCCUGCAUCGCGACAGGCUGCUCCAGCUACGAAGACUUGUGCGACGAGUUGCUCCACCCUGUGAUGGCCCUCUUGACCGGUUUCAUGAACACAUUGAAUUGCAUCGGUUCUGCGGUUGGCUACCUCAUCAUUUGCGGGCAACUUUUUGGAGUCGUCACUGGUGCAUCAGAGCCUCACUGCAAGCUGUUUGUCGUGCUCACGGGCGUCUUUGUUUGUGCUCCAUUGGCCAUCGCCAGGCAUGUCAGCUGCAUGCGGCACCUAGCUGCAGGGAGCAUGGCUGCUCUUCUCAUGUUGGUCGCCUGUGUCAUGAGGUACUAUGCCGAACACGGAGCAGAUGAGACCAUUGUCACCCCAGACGAUGUGUUUUUCUCCUCCACGGCCACGGUCUUCACCUACAUGUCAGACAUCAACAAUGUCGUCUUUGCCUACACCAAUCAGUUCAAUGUGCCCCAACUUACCGGGGAGAUGAAGCCGGAACCCUCGACGAUGCGCAUGCACACAGCGGCAGUCAUCUGCCUGAUCAUGUGCUUCGCAGUCUACAUCUUCACGUCUGUGUUCGGCGUGCUUGCUUUCGGCAUUGGAGAUCACCAGAAAGAUUCGCUGGUGAACUCCUUGAAGCCGGCGGGACGGAACCCAUUUGUGGUGCUGAGCAUGUUAGGCCUGAUGCUCAGCGUGCUCACAUGCUUCCAGUUCCAUGUCUACCCGGUGCGUCAGUUCGCUGCUUAUCUCGUGCGACGCAUUCGCAAGCGAGGCGCCAAUACUGAGAAGGAGGACAAGGUUGUUUGUGGCAAAACUGUGACCAGGUGGUUCGAUAUCUUCUUCGCCCUCCUCAGCGUGGCUGUGGUCAUCUUCAUUGCAGUGGUCGUCAAAGACCUGAGGACAGUGCUGCAGUUUGUGGGGUCCUUUGCAUCGGCCUACAUUGCCUUCAUUGUGCCACCAAUUUGGCUUCUCCAGGUCCGACGCCGCUCUCCAAGCUUCUGCUGGUGCAAGGCUGAGACCCAGCUCUGCUUGCUGGUGCUCUCCUUGGGGAUCUUCUUCUUUGCAUUCGGUACCUAUACAGCCGUGUUGUCUGUCUAA